AUGGAGUUGCCUUCGCUCUCAGCGAUCGCACCAAUGCGUCACUCCUUGCCUGGGAACCUAUCUCCCCCCCAUCUAGCCCGUAUCCGCCUCAGAUGUUCAGCUAACAACAUCAGUGCCGUUGUUGUCUACGCUCCCACUCUCACCGCUUCUGAUGAAGAUAAGGACUCCUUCUAUGAUGUUUUACAGGCAGUUGUUGGUCGCAUACCCGCAAGUGACAUUCUAAUCGUUGCAGGCGAUUGGAAUGCCCGCACAGGACCAAGUAACACCACUAACGACCACAUACUGGGACGGUUUCCGAUUGGCAAUCAAUGCGCCGAUGGUGAAAGACUUGUCAAUUUCGCUGUUGCAAAUCAUCUUACUGUUUCCAGCAUGCGCUUUCAACAUCCACGGCGACAUCUUCUUACAUGGUACUCCAAUGACGGUGUCGCAGCAAAUCAGAUUGACCAUUUUCUCGUUAGAAGCUGCUGA